GGUAAACCCAAUUUACAAUGUUGACAUUGCAUUCAAGCAUAUCGAUGCAUCUCCGGCCUUGUCUCUUUGCACGUGUAUCAAGAGCAUAUUCAUAUCUGGAUGCAUAUCUCCACUUUAUCAGAUAAGGUAACAAACCCUUCAGCAUUCCCAAUGUCUUUCAUCCCCUUAAAGAUCAUUCACAGCAAGGUCAAAGACAUUAAUCUUCAUUCGCAGGCCAACUGCAGACAUGCAUGUCGCUCAGAGGGACAACAAAGAAUUGCAUAUUCCUGGAAUGUGUUACAGGUUGAAACACCCUGAGGGUCGGACGCUGUGCUUCCAUUGCAAGUGGCCAUGGGUGGAGCUUUUGUCAUGACAUCAUGGGAGGGAGGGCAGAGACGUAUGAGAGUGACCGAGCUCAGACACCUGCAGACCGACGGCAGCAGCACAUCACAAACACAGUUGUGUCUAGAUGGAUAACAGUCUUACUGCAGCGCUUCAUCCAUGUGCUAUCAACCAUGUGUGCCCAUGCCAGCGUUCUACUUCUCAUCAGUCUUUGGGCUUCCGUGGAGAAAGGUCUGGGUCUUCCGGUCAUGAGACAGCUGACCGGUGAUGGCGUCCAGACACAGAGAGUGAGGACAAAGCGCUGCGCCUGCAGCAGCCUGCUGGACUCUGAGUGCCACUAUUUCUGCCACCUGGAUAUCAUCUGGGUCAACUCGGCCAGUACGACAACAGUUUUCGGUCUAGGCAGCGCUCCGUCACGACGCAGAAGGUCCGUUGGCCGCUGCACCUGUGCCAACCUUGAUGAUCACAGCUGUAUCGUCUUCUGCCAUCACCGAGCCGAGCACCCCAAUCAGCGGUCAAGCAUCCAUCGUAGGUCCUUGUCAUCUGUGUGGCCUCCUUGAGUGGUUAGCAAAAGCAUGUAUCAUGGCCCCCUGUGGAGGAGUGGAGGGUAAGGAGUCAGUUAUGCUAAUAUGGAAUUAAAUAUGUUAUUAUUGUGUUCCGUAAUUUUAGUUUGUUGGAAGGUCCGGUCAUCAAAACAGCAAAGCCGAGGCCUCGGGGAGUAGAAUGAGCCCACGCUGGGAAAGUUUGGAAGCAAAAAAUAUGUCAAGAAUGGACUUUGCCAAAAAAAGUGACCACCUAGAGACAGUGUGGACUGAGUAAAAAGCCA